AUGGCACGUUCCUGCAUACCCCGAAGCAAACAACGCCUAAAUAGCAUACCUGGACAGAAGAAAAUACCUCCCCCGUGUUCCGCUCUGACACAUUCCUUCGGUGCAUGCAAAAACCGAGCGUCCACCGCACGAACUUUGCACAAACUCCCACUCUGCUGGGCUCAUCGAAAACUCGGACAGGCGAUAACCUCUUGUCAGGCAAGGCUCAAGGAUGAUCGCAAGUGCCUCAAAAAGAUUCCCUGGUCCGAAAGACGGCAACUUUGUAUCAAACACGCGGAUUAUUCUCUGCCAUGCUACAUACUGCGUCUACCCACCGAGCUUCGCCAGCAGAUCUUCUCAUAUAUCCUUGAUGAUUAUCAGAGCCAAUAUGUUCAAUUCUACACAUAUUACAGUUUUCUGAAAAUAGCGCAACUAAACCGCCAAAUUUUCAGGGAGGCAACUGAUAUCCUCUAUCGAAAUCUCGUAUGCAAGGUCUUUUUAUACGAAGGCACUGUGUGUAUUCUGGGAAGGAACUGCCUAUCGGUGAAACCUGGGUCCUGGCAAUACUUCAAACAAUUUCACAUCCAGUUGCGUGUCGCUGAUAGACAUGAAGCAACCCUUAACAACACUAAGCUUAUUGCAACACAACUUCGCGACCGCAAUAUCAAGCUCCAUGUUGAGGUGCUUGGCAUCGCAUACUGGUAUAGUUGUCGAACGGCCUAUAUCGUCAUGCCUUCCUUCUUGGAUACCUUUCGACAGCUAAGGAGAGUGAGGGAGACACGAGUGACGAUGGAUCACGAGCUUGCUAUUAAGUCGAUAGAAUAUAGGGGGUAUAAAAGAGAACAGGAGGAGCUUGUGGCCCUUAUUUCCCAGUGGGAGAGUUACUCUAAAGAAUGGAUUGAGGACUUGGAGCGCGGGCACUCUGCGGAAGGGAGCGAUUCUAAAAUUACUCUACUUAAGAGCCCUAAGAAAGAAGAAUUAGUCAACCCUAUAUGA